CGCUUUCAAAAAGUAUUAUGUUUAAGACCAAAUCGUUCGAUCUAAAAAAUGAUGAAGCUGGGAAGAAACGCGAACAUCUCUAUCAGCCACGGAAAGCCCAAUGGCUGAAGUACAUAAUGCAGCCGGCUACAAUUGCCUUUGUUAUUAUUUUAAUAGUCUGCAAUAUUGAUUUCUCGGAUGAACCCGAUGAGGAAAGCCCGUCCAUGAACAAAACGGAUUGCCGUGAACAUCUUUCACUGCUCUUUGAAAACUACCAUUUUCCAAAUGGAGCUAUUCAGCGCAAUAUCUUCUAUGGUGAAUACACAUUGCAGAGCCUAGUCCUAAGCAAUUGUCAACUGAAGCACAUUGCCGACGGAACCUUCGAUCAGAAAAGCUUGCGCAAUAUACAAAAUCUGGAGUUAAUUAACACUAAACUGAGGAAACUAACGAAUGAAACAUUUCGCGGCCUUAAUAAACUCUCUAACUUUACACUGAUCAACAGAAGAAGAUCGUUGAGCUGCAAAGGAUUUCUGUUGCCAGUGGCACACAGUCUACGUGCCGCAAAAAUAAGUCUGCAAUACACGAACUAUAAAGUCUAUAAGCCUGCAUACUUUUUUGGUCAAGCAGUUUAUAAACAACUAAAAGUUUUAGAUCUUAGCGGAAAUAACAUCGGAGAAACUGUGGAAAUUAAUAGUUUCGGGAACAUGCCAGCCUUGGAGUCUCUCAACUUGGCCAACUAUGACUCUGAAGCAAUAGACGCAACUACAACAACAACAACAAUCGCGAACACAACACGGGCUACAAGUAAUCGAGAUAAUCAAGCUCCUGCUAAGACAACUAAAGCGCCAAGCACAACAACAACUACCACGCCUAUAUCCACUGUCUGGACAAGACCUAUACCAACUGACUGGACAACAACUAUACCAACCACCUGGACAACAGACGAUACACCAAGUGACUUGACUACUGCGUGGGAUAUACCAACGACAACUGAUUUAGCAAACGACGAUUCCCUCCUAUAUGACGAUAUCAUAUGUGUUAAUGCCGAAAGAGAGACUCUUAGUACCACAUCCAUAGCCUACAAUGCACAAAUCACAAUUGUAGAAGAUUCCCAGGGAAAAUCUUGUCUCCGAGAGCUGUUGUGGUUCGAGGCGCACAGCGUUCCGAUAAUAACUUCUGCAAUCGUUGGGAUGCUACUCUGCGUAACUCUGGGUCUAUUUGCUAUAUACGGCAUCCUCUGGUUACGACCAACCUGGCUUUGGGGUAGUAAACGAUUGCUACGUCCCACAUCGCAAUCAAAUACAAUGCUGCUAUUGCCAAGAGACUACGAAAAGGAGGCUUACGACACCAUACGCUAUCCUGACUCUAAGGGCAACAUUAAUGAAUACGCAUCCUACUAUCGGCACUUAGAAGCCCAGCUCUAUCGAGGAGAGUCGAAUAAGUACAACGUACCGCCCAUAGAACGUGCUCCCUCCAUACCACCAUCCUUGAGUAAAAGCACAAUAUCCACAAAUCCUAAUACAUAUACUUACGAAUGCUUUGAGUUAUAUGAAGAACUUUAUUAA